AUGGUGAGCUGGGAGGUGGACGGGGUGGAGGUCAAGCAUGGGGUCCUGACCACCACAGAAGAAGAGAAGGGCUGCCACUUCAGCCGCAGUAGCACCCUGACCCUGAGCAAGGCACGCUGUGAAGAUGGAGAGGUGUACACCUGCACGACGACGACACCAGUGAUUCAGCCGCCUUCAGGAAAAUUAAAUAUAGUGUCUAGAGACCGGAGAAGCAAUUGUAGGAUUCUAGAGAAUCCCCACAUGGUGCUAGUUCUGGAAACAUUAGUGUUUUAG